UAGGUCAAGUUGAGCGGGGACAGGACAUAUGUAACAACCUAUAAAGUCAAGAAUCCCAGUGAAUGAAUCGGUUUAUCUGGAAGCCAGCACUGACUCUCAGUUGUUACAUCUCCAGACGCUGAAACAUUUGAAACGAAAAUUUGAACUUUCAGUUAUUUGCCAAAAUAAUGACGUGAGACCUUUCCAGGAAGAAACCACCACACUGUGGAUAUCCGAAGAUUAGCAUUCCCUGGAUCUGUGCCACCUUUGAAAGGCUGCUUUGCGCCCGGAUGAGCCCAAGGAUCUUGUCCCGAGGAGCUCGUGUCCGGCAUGGAGGUCAUGCAGACAGGCUGGGUCCACCAGGCCAUCGUCAUUGACCAUGUACCAUGAAGUCUCCCAGUUGUUCUCCUUGGUUAUUUGAACAGAAUGAAGAUAAUUGUUCUGUUGUCUCUCUGGAAUCCAGUGUUUUCUACAACGAAGAAUGUGUCAAUAAAAAUCCUUUAAACACCUUCAUCAUAAAUGUUGGGGGCAGCAGGUUCAUUUUGUCUCCUGAAACUCUGUUGUCCUACCCUGAAACACGUCUGGGGAAACUGGCUAUGUCUGAACAGGACUCUGUGCUGGAGCUAUGUGAUGAUGCCAACUUUGUGGACAAUGAAUAUUUCUUCGACCGGAGUUCUCAAACCUUCAAAUACAUCAUAAAUUAUUAUAAAACUGGUAGAUUACAUGUGAAUGAAGAACUUUGUGCAAUGUCUUUUUUACAGGAAAUUGAAUACUGGGGAAUAGAUGAAUUUAACAUUGACAUUUGCUGCAGAGACAAAUAUUACAGACGGAAAGAAAUUAAUGAAGCUUUAGACAUAAAGCAAGAUGCAGAACUGAUUCAGAAUGAAGAGGAAGAUUUCUCUGGAGUAAUUUGUGAAAACCUAAGACAAAAACUAUGGGUCAUGAUGGAGAAACCUGACUCUUCAAUACUGGCUAAAAUAUUUGGCAUCCUUUCUGUAGCAUUUGUUCUCAUAUCCAUUGCAAACAUGGCUCUCUUUUCCCUUGAAUAUACAAUAUUGGAACCCCCGUUAUUGAAUGCAGUUGAGUAUAUUUGUAUCACCUGGUUUUCUGCUGAGUAUUUACUGAGAUUUUUCUGUGUCAAAAACAAAUGGAAGUUUCUUAAGAGUCUGGUAAAUAUCAUCGAUCUUAUUGCUGUGAUCCCAUUUUACAUCACUAUGCUGGUGGAGCAACUUUAUGGAGGUUCCACAGAAUUGGAAAAUGUGGGAAAGGUUGUCCAGAUCCUGAGAUUGAUGAGAUCGCUACGUAUGUUGAAGCUUGGAAGGCACUCAACAGGUCUGAAAUCUCUUGGAAUGACUGUCACUCAAUGUUAUGAAGAAGUUGGCUUACUUCUCCUUUUCCUGUCUGUGGGCAUUUCCAUCUUCUCAUCAGUGGAGUAUGCUGUGGAACACAGUGCCCCAGAGACAACAUUUUCCAGUGUUCCCUCUGCAUGGUGGUGGGCAACAACAUCCAUGACCACUGUGGGUUAUGGAGAUAUUCGACCUGAAACUACUGUUGGGAAGAUAAUUGCUUUUUUAUGUAUCUUGACUGGCAUAUUGGUCUUAUCACUACCUAUAGCGAUUAUAAAUGACAGGUUCUCCUCCUGUUACUUUACUCUGAAGAUGAAGGAUGCUGCCCUUCGACACCAUGAUGCUUUGAAGAGGCUGACCAAGAAUUCAGCUUUUGAUUCCAUUGCCAAUGUUAAUUUACGAGAUGUUUAUGCACGUAGCAUUAUGGAAAUGUUACGGAUUAAGAAUAGAGAAAGGGCAAGUACCAGAGGUAGUGCUGGAGGUGAAAUUUGGUGAUCUACUGUUAAUUAAUGUAGUGUGCGGUCUAUUUCCAGCCAGUUAUUUAUAAGUCUUAGUAAAAGAGGCAAUCUCAAAACAUAGUUGCUCAGGACACUUGUCUCAAACUUAAACAUUACAGAUUUUUGAUCCUAAUUUCAAUCUUGGUCUUAGUUUAAAAAAAACUCAAAAAGGUUUGUAAAUUUUAAUUCUGCCAUUUGUGAUGCUAUCUUUCUGAUGGAUUCAGCCUCCUCACAGUCACAAAGUCAUGGAAUUUAAUGACAGAUUUGUAAGGCUUCUUUUAUAAACCAACAUAUCCAUAAACAAUUAUACAUGGAAAUUAAUGUCCCAUAAAAUACCCUGUAAGUAUCUUCAAACUUAAAUUUUGUCAUAAUGGAGAACUGAGUGAUUUAACUGAGGAGAAACAUGGACCACUGAAAUAUGAAAACACUGAACUAAAUAGAUCCAAGAUUACAUUUCUGAACUAUUUAUUAUAUAUACACUAUUUAUUGGAAUUUAUAACAAUCAUUAUUAGUAUUUCACAUCAGUGUCUUUAUAUUUUAUUUUUAGGAAUUAGUUAUUAACAGAAAGCAGUUUUGGACUAGAUUUUAUAAAUGGGAGAAAUAUCAAAUGUUUAAUGUGCUGUCUAUCUCUUUUUUUGUUCUGACUGCUGAAAGCUUGUGAUUAAUUCUAGAAUUAAUACUGAAAACGAAAAAGAAAUUGCCUAAAAUCAAACUGAAAAGUAUUGAACUUU